GAACUUGUACCAAGUAGAAAAUUUUGUACCAAAUCUCUCUCAAAAUCUCUCUAGGCCCCCCCAGCCCCUCUAGACUUUUUCCUCAAUCUCUCUCUCUCUCCCUCUCUCUCUGUCGACUGAAAAAUUCCUCCUUUUGCUAAUUUAGCAUGACCAAACUGCCACCAUACGAUUCAGUCAUGACACCCUAUAAAUCCAUUGAUUAUCCAAAAAAGGCUAAAGGGAUAUCCUUCUUUGCCUUCAUUUUCUCCAUCUUUAUUUACAUAUCCAUCUUCUAUAUCUUCAACCUAUCUCCUUCUACCGUCUUCAACAACACCAAGUUUUGGUUUCUCAUUUCCAAUACUCUUAUUGUCAUAAUAGCUGUUGAUUAUGGUUCAUUCUCUUCCUCCAAAGGCAAAGCAGAUGUUUAUGAUGAGUACGUGAGGCAUAGCCAGGCCAGGAGUACAACUUCUCAUGCUUCUUCUCCUUAUCCUUCUUCUUCAUUCGUAUCACAACACCCCGAAAUCGUCAAGAAAAGUAACAUUAUUCACAAGCAAGAAGAAGAGGUCGAAAAGCAGGUAAUAAAAGCCCUUGAAAAGAGUGAUGAAAAAAACCCAGAUAAUAAAUUGCAAAUUGUCACUAAAAAUGAGCCAGAAAAACUCAACCAUGAUGUUGAUCAUGAAAAACCCAGUGAAGAUAUCCAAGAAAAAAGGAUAAUCCACGUAGUUGAUCCAGGUGGUGGGAAAGCUUGUCAUGAAGACGGGAAAAAGACUGAAUCAGCAAAAACUUAUAGACGAAGUAAGUCAGAGAAAGCCAAGAGGGUGUUGAUCGAUGAGAGGAAGAACAUUGAUCUAAGGAGGUCAGAGACCGAAAAGCUGAAGGAGGUAGAAAGUGAUCAUGUAGAAGAAAAUGAAUUUUCGAGCAUGUCAAAUGAAGAACUUAAUAGAAGAGUGGAGGAGUUUAUUCAGAAGUUUAAUAGGCAAAUUCGGCUUCAAGCUGUGGCUAGAAACUUUCAACAAGUUUAAUAUCUGUUCCAUUUAUGGAAGAAUACGUGUAAAUAUUCCAAAAAAGUUUUGUUUCUUUCUUUAAUAACAUUUUCGAGCUUCUACACUUGGCUAAAUCGAUCGCUUUAGAUUAAUGUAUGCAGAGGCAGAGCUGUCUGUUUCUCUAUUUUCUUGUGGAUUUUAAUUUUGUUCGGUCUAAUAUAUGCUUUUUUCAAUUAAUAAA